UGAGGACUCAGAUACGUUCAGAUGGAUUUUUCGCCAGUGGCUUUGUUGCAUGGGGAAUAAAGCCCCGGUCGGUAUCCUUACAGACCAAGCUGCUGCGAUGCGUAAGCCGUUGGAAGAAAUUAUGCCGAACACUAUACACAGGCGGUGCAUCUGGCAUAUUAUGUCGAAAUUUGGUGACAAGCUUGGCAAAUUCCCGAAGUACAAUGAGUUUAAAAAUAAGCUGAAUAUUGUGAUAUAUGAAAGCUUCACCGUGGAAGAGUUUGAGGAGAAUUGGGUUGCAUUGAUUAAGUACUACAAGCUGGAAAAUAAUGAGUGGUUGACUUAUAUGUUCAAAGAGAGACACAUGUGGGUUCCGGCCUUCAUGAAAGAUUACUUUUGGGCCGGUAUGAAAACUACUCAAAGAGUGGAGAACAUCAACAGUUUUUUUAAUUUGACGGCUUUGUUAAUCGGAAAACCAAGUUACAUGAAACUGAUGCGGAUGACAACUGCUCAAAGUAUGUUCGCAGGCUGGUGAGUGGGUUCAAGCUGGAGGAGCUGUUUCAACAGAUUUACACUGACACAAAAUUACAAGAAAUACAGGCUGAGCUUUCAAGACUCCUGUACUGCUAUUGUCGUGAUGAGAAAAUGUUGUCCAACACAGUUGUUCAGUAUCUGGUUGAAGAUAGAGUAUGGAUUGUUCCACAAGGAUACAGGGAGGAGAAAAUAACUGAUCGCCGACGGUUCUACCGUGUCACGUUUGACUGUGUGACCAAAGAAGUGUCAUGCGAUUGCAGAAAUUUGAAACAUUUGGGAUUUUGUGCAAACAUAUGUUCCGGAUAUUUGAUCAGAACUUGGUUUUUGAUAUACCUGAGAAAUAUAUACUUACGAGGUGGCGGAAGGAUGUAAAUCGGAGGCAUACAAGGGUUAAAGUCCCUUACCAUGAUCCCUCUCACUCGGCACAAGUCAAGAGAUCCUAUAAAAUGCUAACCACUUUUGAGCCUAUAUCUGAUAUUGCUGCCUGUAUUGACGAUGAAGCCGUUCACCAUGUGCUGACUUCUCUAAAAAAGCUGCAGGGUGAAGUAGCAGCGUUGAAGCAGAAGAAAGAUCUUCUCAACAAAGCUGAAGAAGUUACUCACUUUCCUGCUGAUGGCUCUCAAGUAGAGCAACAGUCAUGUUGUGUGGGGUCAACAGUUGCUUCAGUACAAAAACAAGACAACAACCCCCCUUACUCUAAUGACACUCCUGCAGCUGGCCAAGAACAUGUUACAAACCUCUCUGUUGAUGCUGAUAACAUUCAUUGGUCUCAACAACAUGCACCACCACCUAUUGCCCCAAAGAAAUCGAUUAUUCUUGACCCAGUUGUACAGAUUAAGCGUAGAGGGCGACCAAAAGGUAGCAGGAACAAAACCCUUGCAGAAAUGGGCUACAAAAAGGCACAGCCAAAGGAGAAACAACCCGAUCAUUCUGCUCAAUUUAUUCUUCAAACCUACUACCCAUCGUCUUUUAAUGGGAAUAUAAUGGAAAAAAAGGAAACGUUGGCUGGAAGAACAUGGUGUGGAAGAGAACAUGGAGCUGAAUCUUAA